AUGCCAGGAAGGCGUGCCAAACGCGCGCACGACCUCAUCGACCUUACGGGUGACGAUGAGUCUGAGACGCGUCAGAAACGGCCCGCCCCUAGCGGUCACCACAAUCAACAGCAACAUUCCCCAGGACAAGGUGGAACAAGUGUAUAUGGGAGUUCUUCAUCGCAAGCUGCGCCCUCAUCUACCGCUGAACCAGAUUACCUUGACUUGACACAAGAUGAUGAUGGCCCCCCUCUUGAGCUUUACGGAACCUUUGAUGGGAAGGUUGUUGGUGUGAGGUACUACAGAGGAUAUGCUUCAGCGGGUGAAAACGUUCUUUGCAGGCGAGAACCCAACAACCAGUACGACUCCAAUGCCAUUCGCGUUGACAACGUCGUCGGUGAUCAAAUCGGCCAUCUUCCUCGAAAGGUUGUUGAGAAGGUCGCCCCAUAUGUGGAUCGUGGCGACGUGGUCCUCGAAGCCCAGCUCACAGGUGAGAAAGGCUUCUAUGACUGUCCAGUUAAGAUCUUCUUCUAUGGACCUAGCGACCCGGAGGAGCGCUCCAGAAUCGAAGAUUCGCUCAAGAAGGACAGGCUUGUCAAGGCUACGGAGCUCAAGAACACUAGAAAGGAAGCUGAAGCCCGUAGGAAGGCAGCAAUGGGCCUUGUGAAUGGCAGCUCGACUCAUGGUCUUGGCCAAGAUCUUGCUGUUCCACAGAAGCCUGAGAUCACGAUGGACAAUGUUCUGCAGAAGAGUGAGGCAGUUGAGAUGCGCAAAGGCGGAGACGCGAUCAAGUCGCUCGCUAUUGGCGAGGAUGAGCUUGCGAAGAUGCCAAUGGCCGAGCAGCCCGAACAGCUCAAGGCACAGCUUCUGCCAUACCAAUUACAGGGCCUUGCGUGGAUGACCUCCAAAGAAAAUCCUCAACUCCCUUCCAAAAGCUCCAAAGAGCCAGUGCAGCUCUGGCUUCAUGAAUCCAAUAACCGUUUCCACAAUAUCGCAUCUGGCUUUGUCACAAGCAGGGCUCCAAAACUCCUUUCCGGCGGUAUUCUUGCAGAUGAUAUGGGCCUCGGAAAGACCCUUCAGAUCAUCAGCUUAAUCCUCACUGGCGGCACGGGUCCAACCCUCAUCGUUGCGCCCGUUAGUGUCAUGAGCAAUUGGAGUCAGCAGAUCAGGCGCCAUGUCAAAGGAGACCAGCAACCUAGCAUCUUCGUCUACCACGGCGGUGAUAAGUUACACCCAUUGCAACUUCAGAGAUAUGAUGUUGUGAUCACCAGCUAUGGAAGACUUGCCAGGGAGCGAGACUCAAGCGUUCAACGAGCUAUAACUUCUCCGAAAAUUAAGUGGCGGCGAGUUGUUCUUGAUGAGGGCCAUACCAUCCGAAAUUCCAGGACAAAGGUGGCCUUAGCAGCUUGCGAGAUUAACGCAGAGUCUCGCUGGGUUCUGACAGGAACACCUAUCGUUAACUCAGUCAAGGACCUUCACUCUCUGGUCAAGUUCCUUCACAUCACUGGCGGUAUCGAGCAAUCCGAAAUCUUCAAUGCCCAAAUCACUCGCAAGUUGGCCAAUGGUGAACGCCAUGGCGAAGUACUUCUUCAGGCCCUCAUGCAUGACCUUUGUCUCCGUCGCAGGAAGGACAUGAAGUUCGUAGAUCUCAAAUUGCCGGCCAAGAAGGAAUAUGUCCACAGAAUUCCAUUCCGCAAAGAUGAGAAGCGCAAGUACGAUGCUUUGCUGGAUGAGGCGAGAGGUGAGCUCGAGCAGUGGCAGGCAGGCUCACAGUCAGGACAGAAGGGACGGUUCCAGAACGUCCUUGAACGGCUUCUUCGUCUUCGACAAAUCUGCAAUCACUGGACUCUCUGUAGAGAACGUGUUAGUGAUAUCCUCAAACUCCUCGACGAACAUGAGGUUGUUCCCCUCAACGCCAAGAACCGCGGUCUUCUCCAGGAAGCUCUCCGCCUAUACAUCGAAAGCCAGGAAGAAUGCGCCAUCUGCUACGACAACCCGAACGACCCUGUCAUCACGACUUGCAAACACGUCUUCUGCAAAAAUUGCAUCCUUCGCGCUAUCCAAAUGCAGCACAAAUGCCCAAUGUGUCGCAACAAGCUGGACGAGAACAGUCUUCUUGAGCCAGCGCCCGAAGACGCCGGCGAUGAUACACGUGAUUUUGACGCCGACUCGCAGAGUUCCAAGACAGAAGCGAUGCUGCAAAUCCUGAAGGCGACGAUGAAUAAGGAGGGAUCAAAGGUGGUUGUGUUUUCUCAAUGGACUUCGUUUCUCAAUAUUGUUGAGGCGCAGCUCAAGAAAGAAAACAUAGGCUACACGCGUAUUGACGGCAGCAUGAAAGCUGACAAGCGCGACAAAGCCAUAGAGGCUCUCGAUAGCGACCCCAAGACACGAGUGAUGCUCGCCAGUCUUUCUGUUUGCAGCGUCGGUCUUAACCUCGUUGCAGCUGACACCGUCAUCCUCUCUGACAGCUGGUGGGCACCCGCCAUCGAGGAUCAGGCUAUUGACCGCGUCCAUCGUCUGGGACAAACCCGCGAGACUACUAUCUUCCGACUCGUCAUGGAGGGUUCAGUUGAGGAGCGCGUGCUAGAUGUGCAAGGAGAGAAACGAGAGCUCGUGACAAAAGCGUUCAGAGAAAAGGGAAACAAAAAGCGAGAGAAUUCACGCGCGGCAGACAUUUCCAAGCUGCUUGGCUAG